AUGGCAAUUAAAAAUUUGUUUUUUACAGUUAUUUUAACCUUAAUUUAUUUAAAAGAAUCUACAGCUCAAGAAGUAAUUACCGAAGGAACAUGCUCAAAAAUCCACUACAACAAUGACAGUUACUACAAAAUCUACUGCUUCAAAGCCACUAAUAAUAAUACCCUUGCGAUAACCACCGAUAAAAAUGACACGAUCAUUUUAAGUAUAGAUCUCACAAGAGGCUACACAAACUAUUACAAGAUAAUCAAUAAUGGAAACGUGGAUAAUUCCCAGUUAUAUAGAGAAACGAACGUUUAUGAUAGAUGCUUAGCUAGUAAUGAAAAGGAAUCUUUUUGGAUAGAAGAACCUAAACAAAUGAUUGCAAUACCUUGUGAGAUUUCGCACGAUAUUAUACCUUAUUUGGGGAUAGAAACAAAAAAUUUUACCAUGCUUCUUAAGAGAAUAACAAUACGGCAAUCAGUUAUUUUCGUAAGGAACAACUAUCCAGAUCGAGAGUAG